AUGGGUAAAGCCGUGUCUAAAUUAUCCAAGGAUGAGAUAAAGCAACUUCGUGACCGCACGGUUUUCGACAAGAGAGAGCUUCAGCAAUGGUACAAAGGCUUUCUACGUGAUUGUCCUUCUGGCCAGCUUUCAGAAGAGGAGUUUGCCAAAGUGUUCAAACAGUUUUUUCCAUUUGGCGAUCCUUCCGACUAUUGUCACUAUCUUUUUCGUUGCUUCGAUACCGACAACUCCAAGUACAUUGACUUCAAGGAAUUUAUUAUUGUUCUUUCACAGACGGCACGAGGUGACACGAAUCAAAAACUCGAUUUCACAUUUCGCUUGUACGACUUUGAUAGAGACGGCAAGGUGUAUUAUGAUGAUGUUCUAGCUGUUGUCUCUGCCAUAUAUAAAAUGGUGGAGCCUAUGGUGAAACUAGCACCGGACGAACAGACUCCCCAAUUACGAGCGCAAAAGUUGUUUCUGAUGUUGGGGAAGGACCCACAAACAGAUUAUCUUGUGUGUGACGACUUCAAGAAACUUGUCAAGGUAGACCCGUCAUUGCUACAUUCCUUUGGCUCAUAUGAAGGUUUUGUUUGA